UCGUAGCAUACAUCAAUCAGGUUUCGCUGUAAGGUGCCGGGUCUGUGUGCUUGUAGUCUGAUCACAAUGGUACGAUAGGUCUAGCCGCAUAGAGCGACAGAUUGUUGCUUGACUUUAGUUUAGUAGUAGUAUAUUUGUGAGUUUUUGGAUAUGAUGGAACAAGAUAACCAAGCGAAUACACCGGGAACGCCAAAUGAAGUCAGUCACGAUCCCGGAAAAAUGUUUAUAGGAGGCCUUAGCUGGCAGACUACACCAGAAGGCCUGAGGGAAUAUUUUGGUAAAUUUGGGGAUAUAACUGAAGUAAUGGUCAUGAAAGAUCCCACAACUAGAAGAUCGAGGGGAUUUGGUUUUGUUACGUUUGCAGACCCUUCCAGUGUAGAUAAAGUAUUAGCCACUGGACCACAUGAAUUAGAUGGAAAAAAGAUUGACCCUAAAGUGGCCUUUCCAAAACGUGCCCACCCGAAGAUGGUGACUAGAACGAAAAAAGUGUUCGUUGGAGGUUUAUCGGCCCCAACAACGUUGGAUGAUGUUAAAAAUUAUUUUCAACAAUUUGGAAGGAUAGAAGAUGCGAUGCUGAUGUUCGACAAACAAACAAACAGACACAGAGGUUUCGGAUUUGUUACAUUCGAAAAUGAAGAUGUUGUGGAUAAAGUUUGCGAAAUUCACUUCCACGAAAUUAAUAAUAAAAUGGUGGAAUGUAAGAAAGCCCAACCAAAAGAAGUCAUGAUGCCUAAUAAUGUAGCUAGGGGAAGAGGUGCAGGCCGAGGAACGUACGAUUUAGUGUGGCCAUUAGGAGCAUUGGCAGACGGUCAUUUUACCAGAGGUCGUAUGCCUUUAAUUCUGCUCUUGCAAGACGAAAGCCGAGACGUCAAAUUAAUCUUUUUCCAUUUUUUAGGAUAUACAGGAUACGGUUAUAUAAGUGCUGAUCGGCACGCCACUACUGCAUUCUUCACCGAGACAUACGCCGCCCCUAGCUACACAAGGGGCGAUGCACCACCACCUGUGUCUGCUGAGACUGUAAUGACAGAACAAUACAGUCAAGAUCAGGCAGCAGGUAGGUGGAUAUUAAAUCCUACCUGCCUACCUAUCUACCUUGCAACUGAAUGGGCCACCGAGAGAGAGCUCGCCUCAUCGAGAGAAAGUAAAGCCUCUCGGGGGCCCUUUGUUGAGUUGAAUGGACAGCAAACAUCACCACCUCUAUUAACUCAAGCAUUAUCAGUGAUAAGCAAUUAUGGUCCUCAAGGAUUUGCACCACCGACUUCACCAGCAAAUAAUCGCAACUUCCCAGCUACCAACAGUCCCGGGCCCAUGGAGAUGUACAGCUCUAAUCAAGAGAGCGUCGGUUACGUACAAGCGACAAGCCCUCAACCUACAGCAUUUCCACCAAUAGGUGUUAGUAGGGGACCACUUAUAGCUGCAGCAUUCACUAACGGGUAUCAUUGAAUUCAAGAGAUUGUCAAAGUCUCUCACAAGAUGGCGCCACAGGCAACAUGUCUCUUGUGACCGAAGCACGUCACGCCAACCGAAUUGUCGCCAAAAAAAAAAUAACAAAAAAAAAUAUCCCUCUACCCAUCUGGAUCCUCUUCCUCGUCUUGUUUCGUUUUUUCUACCUUCUCAUGUGACUGUGAGGAUCGCACUUCGAAAGAACGAAGUAUGCGCGUAUCCCCAAACCAUGAUACCGGGCCCCCGAAAAUCUGUGCAAUUGGUUCCUAAGUCUCGUCAGAACCGGUGACGUCGCGGAAGUAUCCAGCUGUGCUCCUGCACACUCUUCCACUAUCACAACACCCGCACAUCUUCCCAUUCGUGCUUGUAAUAUAUCCGUGUUGUACUCAAAUAGAAAACACUAGAAAUAGGGCUUAGUUAGCGGCCAAGUCUGUUCCAACCUUAAGACCCAAAAGACCCGAAAACCCGGCCAAUCCUGUACAUAGUAUCCAUUACCCGCUUCUUUGGCCGGGUACCCCACGCGUCGUCCCCUCGUCUCUGCGAAAAGCCACAUCGAAAAGCAAUAUUUACACCUAUCAUAAGGAUAUAUAUAUACAUAUAAAUAUAUAUAUAUAUUCAUACAAUCAGUAUAUAUAUGUGUAUAUAUACUGUAUAUGUAAAAAUCAGAGGCCUUCCAACUGACGGAGCCUAUUACUCAUUGUCAUUCUGCAAUUAUGCACGUUCAUCAGACGCGCCCGACCACACUCGCACCCCUAUAAGGCCUAUAGAGGACCUUAAAGGCACCAAUCAAAGUGCGACUAAUUGUCGGGCCGUGAAACUUUGCAAUCUAAUUCUUUACGUGUAUCUUCGUGUCAAUUUGUCUCGCGGGUAAAAAGUCUUCUCCGUGUCGUGUCACGUUUUAGGGGUAUAGAUAUCAGCCUCUACUUCUUCCCAAUCCUAAUCCAUCCCCAAAAGAGUAGCACAGCUUUUAAGUUUAGCAUGUACAGAGAAAUUAAUAAUUAAAUAAUAAUAAUGAAUAAUAAUAAUGAUAAUAAUAAUAAUAAUAAUAACGAUUUAAGUGGCCUCAGACGGGCACACACCUCUAUCCCACUCCCCCUUGAGACACAGUGGUUCCUUUCCUCGCGCUGGCCACUGAUUGGUCGGCGGUAAGCCCCCGUCGAUCGUCAUUGGUUCAUUCUAUAAUCCUAGGUCUUCCAUUGGUUCUCCCGUUAGAUUGGCCUAUUGGCUGGGAGGCUCCCAUUCGGUCAGUGGGGGGGAUAAUAUGCAAAUGGCCUGUGUGGGAGGGGAUGGAGGUGAAUUUUGCCCAAAAAUCGAAUAUUUAUAAUUUAUUUUAACGGCCGACUCGAGGGUUGGUUUUUCUGUUGUGCACCGUACUUGAUAUCCAUAUCAGGUAUAUGAAAGUGAAAAAUAUAUAUAUAUAUGUAUAUAUUUAACCACAUAUAUACAUAUAAAUAUAAGAAUAUAUAUUAAAACAAUACAGUAGGUUUAGUUUGCGUGUAAAACGCAGCUCACACCGUGUAUAGUUAUUGAUUUUACGUUUUUUUUAAAAAAAGAUGCGUUUGUAUAAAGAAAAAUCAUACUGCCUAACCAAAGAAAUAUUGUUUUAGUAAUUUCUGCUUUUCAUGGACAAAAACGUUACGAACCCCUUACCUCAUGAAUCCAUUUAUCUUCCAAAUUAGGAAGAAGUACCAACGAUGGUUUUAGAAGUGAUAAUUGUAGUAACUCUUUUAUCGUGGUUUCAAUUGGAACUGUAGUAUGCAGAUUUUUUCGAAAGACAAGAAAGUGAAAACAAUAAAAUAAACAACAAGACAACGAUUUUCUGAUUUUCCUUUCCCCACGAAUUUUAUCGCGAAAAAAAAUUUGGUGCUGCAAGUUUCCAUGAUAAACACUCGAAUCAUCCCACACUAUCACUUGUCUUCUCUCUUUAUCUAUCUCCUUCACUCUUUUCUCAUUGUUUUCUUUUUUUCAUUUUCUCUUUUAUCUGUUACUGUUGCGUUGUUAGCACAAAUUCCUUAUGUGAAGAGAGUAGUGAAUAUGAUGAUGAUAAAAACUGCUUAUUCUGUAAUCUGUCUCCAUGCACUUUUACCAUAUGUCAUCGCGAUAUCUCAAUAAAAAGAUUCUGUACCCUGG